AAAAGCCAGCUAACGUGAAUUUCUAGAAAAAAGGUCAAAAAAUUCUCCCGGUUCAAGAAAAACCCAAUCACGUCUUCGGUGCCCAUCUCUCAGUGUUGUCCCUUACAGUCUUAUACCCUUCUGAUUGUUAGACCACUGCUCGAAUUCGAAGCUGAUCUCCUUCGAUGGCCAACCCAUUUCAAGUUUCUGCAUCCUCUUCGAUGGGUGCGCCGAAUGAAGAAUUGAAGGGUGCAUCUUCUGGUCUUGUGGGAGAGAAUGAUCUACUGAUAGUUGGCCCGGGUGUUCUUGGUCGUUUAGUUGCUGAGAAAUGGCGCCAGGAAUAUCCAGGGUGUCAAGUUUAUGGGCAGACUGUGACUACAGACCACCAUGAUGAGCUGAUAAAAAUAGGGAUCAGACCAUCUUUGAAGGGAACUAAACUAAAUUACCGAUUCCCUUACGUCAUUUUCUGCGCUCCUCCCUUGCAAACCUCUGACUAUCCCGGUGAUGUCAGGGAAGCAGCUUUGAGCUGGAACGGAGAAGGUUCUUUCUUGUUUACAUCAAGCUCUGCACCUUAUGAUUGCAAUGACAACGGACAAUGUAUUGAGGACUCUCCAGUUGUACCAAUUGGGAGAAGCCCAAGGACUGAUGUGCUUCUAAAGGCAGAGAAGGAAGUGCUGGAGAGAGGUGGCUCUGUACUGAGGUUGGCGGGACUUUACAAAGCAGAUAGGGGUGCACAUGCUUACUGGUUGGAGAAGGGGACUGUUGAAUUGCGUCCAGAUCACAUCCUGAAUCUCAUACACUAUGAGGAUGCUGCUUCCCUUUCUGUUGCAAUCUUGAAGAAAAAAUUCCAUGACCGAAUUUUCUUGGGUUGUGACAAUCAUCCAUUAUCCAGGCAGGAAGUGAUGGAUUUGGUUGCUAAAAGUGGGAAAUUCACUAAAAAAUUCGAAGGCUUUACUGGAACCAGUGAUCCUUUAGGCAAGAAAUUAAACAACACUAAAACUCGUGAGGAAGUAGGAUGGGAGCCAAAAUAUGCUAGCUUUGCACAUUUUCUUGGAGUAUCUAACUAGCUGAUCCGCAGAUUAAGAUUUGAUUGGUGGCAGGAGAGUUGGAUCUAUUGCAAGUAUUGAAGCACUGCAGGACUUCUAAGAAGAGAUUCAUGUUACAGUUACACUGACCAACCAGUGACAAUAAAAAGGUUUCUGGUUAUGUUUCUGAAAACAUUAUUGUAUUUAGACAAUGUGGAACUACAAGAAAAAUAAAUUAAUUAACUUCAUUGGCUUUCCCAGCACUUCUUCUUCUUUAAUAUAAUUUGUUUAUUCAUUUAGCUCCAACUAAUUGGUUCAAUUGGCUCCAAUUGGGUUUCGUAUCUAAUACCUCACAAUCCUGAAUCUAAUUUUAUCACUAAAUUAAAACUUAUUAAAUUAAGGGGUUUUGCUUUCCAAACUGCUUUCUAAAGAGCUUGAUAUGAAAAAACCACCAUUGCAUAUAAGAGUAAAGAAAAGAUUAGAUAGCUUGGAAGCACCUGAAUCUUGAACCAAGUUGAAAAAACCAUGUAACAGUAUAGCUUGGAGAUAAUGAGACCUUGAUAACUUGUGGCUGAGCAAACUUGUUUAGUCUGUACAGGUCCGUUAACAUGGAUUUCCUGUAAAACUUGACAAAAAAUUUGAUUACCCCCUUGUCCAAAGCUAGUACCAACAUAAUUAAAUAGAAAUUAUUAGCGGUUUUUUUUUUUUUUUGUCCUUUUAAAUGGAUUGGUGACUUCUAAGUAAGAAGUGGUCAGUAAUUUUACAGCAUCCAAGGAGUGAAGAAAAAAAAAAGGGGGAAAUCAAGCUGUAAUCAUGGGACUUGCAAUCUGGCACAUGGACAUGUGAUGUUUUGGGGGCAAUGAAACACUUGAUCCCAAUUUGUGGUCCCUCUAAAGUUCAAUCUUCCAAAACAUAAAUAUGAGCUCUCUGUUUUUAAUUUAUUAUAUUUUAUCAUAUAAGCUAUAUUAUGAUAGCAGGCAUUGGAUCAGGAGUCUAAAUGUCUCUGAAUUAGAGGCACCAUUUCUCAGCUUUCUCGGUGAUUACACAUUUGUAAAUAGUAAAUUUCUAAGCUCCAUUUACAAUAUAAAUUUAACAGUUUUAACAUUAAGUCUACUCUUGCUGAAUCAUAUUUAAAUAAGGCUGCAUUAUGUGAUAUUUAUUUAAUUAGUUUUAAUAUAAGACAAAGAAUUGAUGGCUCAGGAAUCUUAAGUUGCUGUCAGGUUUCUCAGAAUCAAACAAAUCCAAGUCAACUUCAUCUUGGCAACCACAUUAUGUUGGUGAUUCCCUUAUCCCUUAUCCCUCCUCUCCUUUUUUCUGUAAGACAUAGUCUCUUCAAGAAAACUCUUGAAGAACGUGUUUGCUAUGGGGAAGAUUUACUUCUUAGAAUCAGAUGAUAAUUGGGGUUUGGAUCUUAAGGUGAUUCUGGUUUUGAUUGCAUUAGCUUUCCUGGCGAUUUCUGUCUGCCUCCCCCCAAGGUAUCCAAGGGUUUAUGCUGUGUAUCGUUGCUGUUAGAUACUAUCCCUUGAAGCUUUCUCUCUGUUUCUGUCUGUUUCCAUUGUUUGUGCAUUUGAUGUAAUUCUUUUUCUCGUUCUUCCUGAGAAGAAGUGUAGCUCUUCUUGUGGAAUGUAAUCACAGAAAUGGAAUUAUCUUGUUUCUAGGUUUUGCAAUGAAAGACAUGGUACUGUGAUUCAAGAUUCUUAAA